AUUAUUAUUUUUUUUUUUUUUUGUGAAAACAAAUUUAUUUUAAAAUAUCACAAUUGUAAAAGUGUAGCGUACCUACUACACACUCAAAAUGGUCACUAAGUUUAUAAUGUUUGCCGCAUUAUUCGGACACUUGGCCUUUGCUUAUCCACCCAUCGAGUACAAAAGUUAUGACGCUGACCACUACGAUGCACCUAAGCCAUAUCAUUUCGAGUACGGUGUGAAAGACUUUCACACGCAUGACAUCAAAAGCCAGCACGAGGUUAGUGACGGUCACGGUAAUGUCAAAGGAUCGUACAGUCUCGUGGAACCCGACGGUUCCACCCGCCUAGUCGAGUACACAGCUGACCACGAACACGGUUUCAACGCUAUUGUCAAGAAGAUCGAUGCACCCCACCAUCAUGACGAUACUGCGGACUACCAUCAUCACGAAUCACUUCAACCAUCAUACGAACAUUCGUCGUACAAGUUUUACUGAAAUUUAUAAAACGACCAAAUAUAAAGGAAAAUGUGUUACCCAAUCGUUGCAUAUAGUUGAUGCUACGAAUUAUUUGUUUUGCAUGUUAUCUCGUACAUUGUUUAUUUUUUUUUUAUGAAUAAAACAUUUGCCAUUUUUGCU